UCUUAUCUUCUCCUGUUUAUACAAAGAAGACUUUACAUAUCAAGUUUCUUAUAUAUGCAAGUAGUUUAAGAAAUUCUUUCUCCUUCUCCAUCAUAUAUAUAUUGAGAUUUUGGAUCUUCAAUUCACUGGUGCUUCUUUCCUUGGUGUCUUGACCUGAAACAACAACAUGAUUGAGACCCUAGUGAGCGCUGUUGUGGAUGUUGCUGUGGAAAAAGCUGCUUCUUUUCUGACGGAGGAGUUUCUUGCAUUUACUCAUGUCAAGGAAGAAGUUGAAAAGCUGGAAAACUUGUUAAAAGAAAUUAAUCCGAGGCUUAAGUAUGUGGAACAAAAUUUGUUAACUUCUUCUUCUUCCGAGGGUGAAAUUACUAGCAUGUGGCUCGAAAAGCUUAGAAUAGCAGCUUAUGAUGCACAGGACUUGAUGGAUUGUUGGGCAACAGAGCUUCAUCUGCGGAAGAUAAAGACACAGGUACAAAGACUUCAUUCCCCUUUCGGUUCUACUAGCUAUUUCUUUCAGUAUGGUAUAUCAGAUGAACUAAGAGAGAUAGUACCCAGGCUAGAGAGAAUUUUAAAGGGGAUUAGACAAGACCAUCAAUUGGCCCAUGCCAUAACUGAUAAUAAAUCUAGAAGAAAUUCUUCACCAGAAGCUGGCUCACUUUCAAACAACUUAGUUGUUGGUAGGGAAAAUGAUAUAGAGAAUGUAAUAAAGCUGCUGAUACCAGAUGGAGGAGCCAGUGAUGGUAGUGAUAUUUCUGUCAUUCCCAUUCUCGGGAUGGGAGGAGUUGGUAAAAAAACACUAGCUCAAAUUGUAAUGAAAGAUGAGAGAGUGACUAAGUUUUUCAAAACCAUAAUAUGGGUUUCUGUGACAGAAUCUUUUGACAUAACCAGGAUUCUCCGACAGAUUACAGCAUCUCAUAACAAGACUGAUCAUGGUGUCGACUUUCUCACUAGGGACCAACUAGAAAAAAAAGUUGUUGAAAUCCUGGUUAAGAAGCGGUUUUUACUUGUUCUAGAUGAUAUGUGGAAUGAUAAUUAUCUGGAAUGGGAAAAACUAGAAAAUGUCUUUUGCCGGGGACCAAAAGGAAGUCGUGUAAUGGUGACAAGUAGAAUCUCAAGGGUUGCAAAUAUAAUGGGUGCAAAAGACAUCUAUUCUCUGCAAUGUUUUGAUGACAAUGAGUCAUGGUUAUUGUUUGAAAAAAUUGCAUUCAGAGAAGAUGGUCCCGAGGACGGUGCACGAAAGGAAUUGGAAGUCUAUGGAAAAGAAAUUGUAAGAAAGUGCAAAGGUUUACCAUUGGCCGUGAAACAGAUGGGAGGCCUGCAGAGGGGGGUAACUGAUGUACAAGAAUGGAAACGCAUCAUGAACAGUGAAAUAUGGGAACUAGAAGAUGAUUCGGUUUUGCCAGUUCUUAGAUUGAGUUAUAAUCAUCUUUCUUCAAAUCUAAAGCAGUGCUUUGCAUAUUGUUCUCUGUUUCCAAAAUCUUAUGCAUUUGAUAAGUAUGAAUUGAUCAAGUUAUGGAUGGCAGAAGAAUUUAUUCUUGCUAAGAAGAAUGAGAAGACAGAGGAUAUAGGAAGCGGCUACUUCAAUAAUUUGGUGAUGAGGUUCUUCUUUGAAAUUUCAAGCGAUGACAGCACAAAAUAUAGGAUGCAUGACCUUAUCCAUAACUUAGCACAAUCAAUUGCACAUCCUUUUUGUUUCCAAGUGAAGGACGAAAAACCAAUGUUCACCGAAGAAAACUCUCGUCAUGUGUCAUUGCUAUGUAAAGAGGUUGAGGAGCCUGUUUUAAAGAUAAUCAACAAAUCAAAGAAGCUGCGGACACUUUUAUUUCCAGCUGGACACUUGAAAGCCUUCGGCCACGCCCAACAGAAAGUAUUUGAUGAGCUUUCAUACAUACGAGUGUUGGACCUAAGUUCAAGCACACUUCUGGAACUGCCAAAAUCAAUUCAAAUGUUGAAGCUUUUGCGUUAUCUUAACCUAUCCAAAACUGAAAUAAAAAAGCUUCCCAAUUCAAUAUGCAGACUCUACAAUCUGGAGACACUGAAACUCUUGGGUUGUCCUUGGCUUUUCGAGUUGCCUAGAGAUCUCUCAGACCUUACUAACUUGAGAUAUCUAGAGCUAGAUGAAAUGUUCUGGUCCAAGGCAUCUAUUCUGCCACCGAACAUAGGUCGUCUAACCAGUCUGCAUAAUUUGCAUGCCUUUCAUGUUGGCCAUGACAUGGGAUACAGACUUGAAGAGCUGAAGAAUAUGGUUCAUCUUACAGGAACUUUGCAUAUCUCAAAACUUGAAAACGCAGUGAAUGCAGGGCAUGCAAACUUGAAAGACAAAGAGUGGAUUCAGAAAGUGGUAUAUGAAUGGAGCAAUCAAAAUGUUAACACGCAAGAUAAAGCCAGAGAAGAGGAGGUACUUGAAGAACUGCAGCCACACUCAAAUGUCAAAGAGAUCCACAUUUUUCAGUACAGGGGUAUUGAAUUACCAACUUGGAUGAGAAAUGGACAACUUCAAAAUUUGGUUACUAUUUCCUUGAACCAUUGCACACGAAUCAAAAUCCUCAGCCCUGGCAAGCUACCCCUCCUUGAAGAAGUCCGCCUCAAAAAUAUGCAGGAGUUGGAAGAAUGGCAGGAGGAGCGCUACCUAUCCUUGAAGAGGCUAAAGAUCAGUCACUGCCCCAAACUGACAAAGUUGCCUUGUUUCUUUCCUAAACUAGACGAUCUGAAGAUCAAAAAGUGUGACUUACUGGAAACUAUUCCCUUGGCCCAACUGACUAAUAUAACACUUGUUGACAAUCCUCUUCUAAAGCACUGGAAUGAAGAAGAUCUACCAGUCAGAAUAGUAAACGAACGAGGGCAAGAAGAAACUAAAGAAGUGACUUCUUCAAUCUUUCUCAGAGAAGUCAACAUUAGUAAUUGCCCCAAGCUGCUCAAACUGCCAGAGAAUCUGUGUCUGGAUAAACUGGAGAUAAGAAGGUGCAGAUCAUUAACCGCCCUCUGGGAAAAGAAAAAUGUAAAAUAUCUUCAGCACUUAGCAAUGGAUACUUAUAUCGAUGACAAAUUACUAAGUCUGAUACACGAAAACGGCACUUUGUACUCUCUGGUGAUUUCAAACAUCUCCAAUGUAAAGUCUCUUCCCAAAUGGCCAAGCAUCCUGAGUCUCAAAGCUCUCUAUAUCCAUGGCUGGGAACAUCUUGAGUCUUUGGCCACCCAAGAAAUUACCAUGCCCCAAGCCUUUGCAAAUCUUGAACUACUCUCCAUCUGGAACUGUCCAGAGCUUUUGGAACUGCCACAAGAAGGUCUCCCCACCUCUCUUCAAUAUCUUGCUGUUGGAUCAUGUGCAAGUCUACGAUCAUUUGGCCCAUCCAAUGUGCUCAGGAAUCUAACCUCCCUCAAAGACCUCUACAUUGAAAACUGUCCUGCACUCCAGUCCUUGCCAAGUGAUGGGCUUCCAGAGUCCCUCCAACAUAUAUCUAUCCAUGGAUGCAACUCACUCCUACAACAAUGCCAAAACGACAAUGGAGACUUGCCAAAGAUCAAGCCUGUCCCCGAUGUGGAAAUGGAUGACGCUGCAACAUCUACUGAGAAUCCAUUCUUACCAUCCCUGGCAUCUUCUUGCUGCCGGUUCUUUUGUUUCUGUUUCCCUUGUAUAUUCUCCUGAUCUGAGAGAACCGAAUCCUUUCAUCGCGGUAUCUCGUGGUCUGGUGGAAGAUUAAGCAGCAGCCAUUUUAUACUGAAAAGACAGAUCAAGAACACUACAAGCUGGAUUACCACUUCUUUCCCUUCUCGGACUAUUGUUUAAAGAUGUACCCGGUAACUUGAGUUCUGUCAUGCUCGAUUACUUUUCUUUCUAUUGAGUGAAUUACUAGUCAACUUAGUAAUAUUUAUUUAUAGACUCCUUUGUGUUUUUUUUAAUUAUUUCUGUUGUACUGUAUUGCAUUAUAUGGAAGUAUAUUAGGGUUGUACUGGAUUUGGUGAUGAAAAGUAUUGUGCUGUUUGAUUUUAUUAUUAUUUUUAUUUAUAAAUAUACAUUACAAUAUUAUAGUGUUA